AUGUUGGAUGUCCCGAAUGUGACCUUUAUUGAUCCAGUGUUUUUACAGCCUCGGCUGAACAAGUUCAGGAGGAACGUGAUCCACCUGUCACCCACGGUGGAGCAGGAGCUGUUCGUGCUUGCGCAGUACCUCGGGAGCACGAGUGAUGCCUCUGCUGCCGCUGUGAUCCGCUGCGAUGAGGCGGCUGCGGUUGAGGAUGUGCUGCGGCGGUCGCUGGUGACGUUUGGCGGGUCGCUGCAGUCGUCGGCGCUGCUGGCUGAUGGCGACUCGCUGGCGGGCCGUCUGCCGUCGAGUGGCAACGUGUUCGUGGUGGGCCUUGCGGAUGGCGAUGCCGCUGUGAUUGCGGAGCACCUGCAGGAGCACAGCGGUGUGCGUGUGUUUGUCCUGUUCUCCGAGGUGUCUCUGCGGUACGCUGACUUCACUGCUGCGUUCACUGGGAGUGGGGGGGUGAGUGCCGACCGCCUUGUGUUUGCGACGAACCUGCCGCACUGGGCCGAUGAGAAGACGGAGUCCGAUACCGUACGAAAGUUCCACGCUGCUGUGACAGAUAAGAAACAGAGGACUCCUUUGUCGUUAAAAGCAUUUGCGAAUACAAGAGUGCUGGAGACUGUUUUCUUCGGAGUUCAUGGUGCAUUUGGUACGGGGUUAGCUAAUUAUUUCUACAGGACAGCUGUGGUUGCACAGGAUGACAUGGUGUACGGAUCAUUUUAUGAUGAUGUUUACUGUGGUACAGAUGGAAUGGUCGGUGAUAGGGACUGUGGUGUGAAUUACGGUGCAACGCGUAUNAGGGACUGUGGUGUGAAUUACGGUGCAACGCGUAUUUCUGUGUGGUCGAUGUCUCGUGCGCUGGACCCCACUGUGCCGGAGCUGUUUCCACCCGUUAACCCAUCUAUGAAGUAUGUGGAACCCAGCAACGAUGGUCUCACACUACUGCAGCUGAUGGUUGUCAUUAUUGGUGCUAUUGUUAUUCUUCUGCUGCUCGUUGGUGUGCUUGUGUUGCUGCUGUGUCGCCAACGUAGUGCGCGUGACAAUGCGAAUGCGCCGAAGGAGCCAACAGACCCCGUGACGCUUGUGUUCACUGACAUUGAGAGCAGCACGGCGCUGUGGGCUGCGUGUCCGGAGAUCAUGCCCGACGCUGUGGCGACGCACCAC